CGGUUUUUGGACAAUUAGCAGUGCGCACGCAAUGUGAACGUACAUAUGCGAGAGCCGCGCUGUGCCGUUAAAUCGAAUUCAAAUCAAAAGUCUAAUCAAAUAUUUAAAUAAUUUAUGUAGAAAAAUGAAUCAUUUGCGCGUUCAUAAAUUUAAAUUGGGUGGCAAGGACAAUGCGGCUGUGGCCGAAAUUCCUUCAAAUAACGCCACCUCGGAUAACAAUAACAGCAUUAAUAAUAAUAAUAACAACAACAACAACAACAGUAACAACCACAAUGGAAGUAGUGGAAGAGGAUUCCUCACACGCAUUAAGCGAUAUUCAGUGCUCGGCAAUAAGCUUGGCCGUCGUCAUUUAGGCGGCAUGACUUUGCCAGGUGGAGGAGCUGGCAAGGAUCGGUCCGGCUCGCCGAGCAAGCUAGCCACUGGCAGCUACAACAUGACCGGCAGCAACUCCGAGGAUCAUCGCUUGGAGAUUGGUGCACCCAUUCUUAUAUCGACUACAACAUUGGAUACCGAUCGCUUUGGUGUAACAGAGGCCCGUCUGAAGCAGAUUGGAGGCGGCAUUGCAAAGACAUCCUCAAUAGUGCGCACUCUAACGCCACGCAGCUCCGAUGAGGAAGAGUUUGUGGAUGCUUGUGGCACGCCGCAAAUCGAACAUCACUCGGGCGGCGAUUGUGUGGAAAGUGAACAUUUUGAAACGCCAACUCAUCAACCUGAACACAAGCUGUCACCGCCACCCACACCACCACCACCACCACCACCAGCAUCAGCAACUGCAACUGCAAUUGCAACUGCAACAUUAGCAGCAGCUGCUGUGGAGCCGCCCAUUCGACGGCCACGCAUUGCCCGUCAACAGCAAUCGAAAUCAGUGCAGAACCUGCAUCGCUCCGAGCUGAAAGUCUAUUUACACAAGUCGCCGUCGAUGACACUCAACAUGAAUGCGACGGCGCCGCCGCAGUUGGGCCUGAACCUGCCCGAACUGCCCGAGCUGUAUGGAACCAGCGAGCUGAGCUUGGCGGCCAGCGACAAUAAGGAGAACCACAGCACGCCACAACGUGGCCAGCAGCUAGCCACGCACACCUCCGAGUCGAGUAGAUACAUGUGUGGCGCCUUGGGCCAGAAGCGAUUCAAUAGCAUUGACUCCUUUCAGCGGACGAGCUCGAAGCAAAGCUCCAAGCAGAGUUUGGCCAGCUGUCGCAGCAGCCGGAGUCGCAGCCGAAGUCGCAGCAGAAGCAGAAGCAGAAGCCUGCUCAGCAUCACCGAUGAGUUUGACUUCGAUCUCAAGUCCGUUAGCUACACGAGCCUGAAUGCCCAAAAUCUGUUUGUGUCCAUUGAUGAGCUGCAGGAGAUAACCAGGCAGAUCAACGAGACAGAGGAUUUCAGUCGUGAAAUAGACUUGGAGUACUGCACUCAUCGGGAUCAGCUGCGUCCCAACGAGCGUCGCAUAACCCUGCUCAAGAACAAGAACCAGCGUCUGAUCAACUUUAAUCACAACAAGGAGAAGCUGCGCAAGGGUUGGCACGGCAUGAAGAAUUGGCUGGGCGAGGAGAGUACCAAGCUCAAGGAGGUGGUGCGCCAGCAGACGCCACUCAAGCGCGUGGCACAAUCCAAAAUGAAUCUUAAUCAGUCCACAGCCAACGCCAGCCGUCAGUCAAUGUCCCCAGACCGAAGUCGUGAUAUGACCGAGAGCUGUGAGGACGUCACCGAACGCACUGACUAUGAUCCUUCACUGUCGCAAAACCCCAGUGAGGAGGAUUUGUCGCCGAACGCCAAACGCUUCAAAGACGAGGGACAAAACGGCUUCGAGGAGCUUCGACGCUAUGUCAAACAGGGCGGCGACUUCAGCAAAGAACUCAUUUUCGUCCUGCAAGAGCGAGCCGACUCGGAGCUGAUCUACUCGAAGUCGCUCUCGAAGUUGGCCAAUAAACUGAAUAAAGCUGGCCGAGAGAUACCGGGCAGCGUUGCGGAUGCCUGGCGUGGUGUUGCUACAGAAAUGGAAAGUCGCAGCGACAUCCAUCGCCAGCUGGCAGCCUCGCUGACCGAUGAGCUGGUCAAGCCGCUCAAGACAGUCGUGGACAAUCAUCACAAGACACGCAAAGUGGUCGAGAGCAAUGUGGACAAAGCAGCGCGCGUGCUCAGCGAAUGGCGUGUGAGCGAAGCGAAGGCCAAGAAGGCCUCACACACGGCCGCCCGGGAGAACGAGAAGCUGCAGGAUGCGAUGCUGGACGUGCGCAUACAAAAAUCACCAUCGAUUGCAUUGCUGCAUCAAGGGCCCAACAAGCUCGCCGCCGAGAAGGAGCUCAAGUCGGCCGAGAAAGACUGCGCCAAAUUGGAUAACAAGCGCAAAAAGGCCGAGGAGGCGGUCAAACGGGCAGACGUUGAAUACUACACGCUCUGCGUCCGAGCCGAGCGAGCCCGCGUCGACUGGGAGAUGGCCGUGCUGCGCGGCUCCUCGCAGCUGCAGAGCAGCGAACAGCAUCGCGUGGGCAACAUGCACAACUUUGUGCAGCAAUAUGCGCGCCUCAUCAGCGACAUGAAUCCAAUUUUGGGCAGCAUGACCAACGGCCUACAACAGCAGCUGGAUGCCUGCAACGUGGCCAAGGAUAUGCAGGUGGUGCGCAAUAUACGGCGCAACUCCGAGGGCCCCAGCGAGCAGCUACUGCCUGACUUCUACUGCGAGCACACGACGCUGGCCAUGAACCGCGAGCGGCGCAAGCAUUCGCUGAUCAAACUGCUGCAGCUGGUCAAAACCGAUUUGGAAAGAGAGCGACGCUCCAGAGAUGGACUACGUGGCCUCUCACAGUCGCUCAACAAUCAGGAGCAUCAGAACAUAACCGAUAAGCUCUACCAUAUUCGCUCUAUGCUGACUUAUUUGGAGGGCGCACGCUUGAAACUGCAUACGGCGCUGCUCGAACUGGAUCACAAGCCGCGCACCACGCAUCCGCUGGCUCAGCACAUACAGAUUACGCGCGAUCGCACUGGACUGCAGCAGAGCAUUCUUAAGGUGCCCAACUGGAUGAAGAACAAUGAUAAGACACAGCAGACCACAUUGCUGUCGCAGGAUACUAGCGAUGUCGUCGUUGCCGACAGCGAUGACUACGCACAAAUGCAGGUGCAGACCAACAGCUCCUGUGCGAACAUUAGCGUGGUAGACGCGCCCACAUCGGCGCUGCUGAAGCACUUCAAUCGUAGCAAGAGCAAUAUUGAAACUUUUACCAGCCAACCAAAGAUAAUCUCGACAACCAACGCAUCGUUGGCGGCGACAACUGUGACUGCAACUGGGACUGGCAGGUCCAAGACACUCACUUCUGGCCAGACGAACGGCGAUCGUGGCCAGGCAGACGGCGGCUCCAAUCAGCAGGACUCUGACUUUGAUGAGUUCAGUUCGCAGGACGAGGACGAGGCUGAGCCGCAAUCGGCGCAGAACUUCUAUCAGAAUACGCAGGAGGUGCAAAGUUCAUCGAUGAGCUCUCAAGGCGCCAAUAGCAAUUUCACCAGCGUCAGCUCAAAGGACGGCGGCCACCAGUGCCAGGUGCUUGGCCGUUGCAAGGCGCUCUACAGCUAUGCACCGAAACUCUACGACGAACUGGAACUGAAUCCCGGCGAUAUCAUCGAGGUUCAUGCCAAACAGGAUGACGGCUGGUGGCUGGGCGCAUUGCGCAAUCAAAUUGGCAUCUUUCCGGCGACCUAUGUGGAGGACUGUGCCUAGCUAUCGGAACAAUAUAAGUCACCUAGUUGUCUAAGAGUGUCUGACUGGAUACUUAAGUCUGUGUGCGUGUGUGUGUGUGCUUGGGAGUGUAUGUGUGUGCGUGAUACUGGAAGAAUGUCGAAUUGUUUAUCUUCGUUCUCUUUUUUUAAAUACAUAUACAGACAUACAAAUAUAUAUAUACACACAUAUAUAUAUAUAUUCUUACAACGAGCUUUAAAGGUCUCUGCAUUAAAAUAUCUAAAUUUUAACAAACGGAACUAUUUUGUAUUGU